AAAUCCUUCUUACGGAAGUACAUAUCAAACCAUAAUAGACUUCUGCUUGCUAUUGCUAUUUUGAUUGGUUAUCCCUUUACGCCAUUUAAUUUGAAAAGGGAAUGUGGAUUAUUGAACAAACACUGAGACAAGCUUGUGGUAAGUAAUUAUUAGGGAACCCUGCUUGUACAACUGAAGAUUGAAACAAAUCUUCAAGAUGGAAAAUGCAUGGAGAACAAAUUUCCAUCUGGCAUGUAGUUCUCUUCUUAUACCAUUGGAGGAGUGCCAGAAAGCUGUUGACAAAGCAUUUGCAGACAUAGAACUUGAUUUCACAUGGUUAGAAGAAAUUAAAAAUGAAGCAUAUAUGCUGUUUUCAAAAAAGAGAAACAAAUUAGAAAUAAUGCCAAAAACUCCAAGUCAAAAACUGCCUAGACAGAGGAAGACAAAAAGGAAACUAUCUGAGCUGAAUGAGGAUAAGGAGAAUGAGUUAAAUAUUUCAAAUUGUGUUCCAACAAAGCUGAAGUUCGAAGGGUGCAGUCCCAAUGAAGACAGAUUAGCCAGUGAAGAGACAGAGGUGAAAAAUGGUCGCCCUGCUAGAAACUGCAAAGCUAAUAGACCUAAUUACAGCGAGGAAGAUGAUGACAAACCUAAGAGGGGGGUACGCCAAUCUAGGAGACAACUGAACAAAUCUCAGGCUGUUAAGAAGACAGAAAUCAGUCCCAGUGUCAAAGAUAGGACAAAAGCUUAUGAAGAUCUGAUCAAGAAGAGUGCCACUAAAAGUCCUGUACCCACUUCACUGGCCAGGAAUGUUGCUUGUCAUGACAUGAUGACACCAACCAGCACUAAAGAAUCAGCUGUGAGCAGACAGGCGUCCACGCUGCCAGCACAAGCCAGUGAAGUAAAAGUUAAGAAUGGAGCGCCAAAGGACAAACCUGAUUUGAAGAUCACCAAACAAGGGGAAACAGUACAAGUAAACUCCAAGGUAAAUGUAGAAUGUCAGCUUAGAAUGACAGAAAAGGACAAUUUAGAACAACAGGGAUCUUCUCUAGAUGAAACACAAGUAAUGGUGACAGAAGUCUUUGAGAUUGAGGCACAUACUAAAGCUGUGAAACUAAAAGAGUUUGAGAUGGUGAAAUCAAAGACUACAUCUAUUAUAGAAGUCAGCCUUGGGUCAAAAACAGAUAUUCAGCAAAUUGUUUCUGGAGAAAUAGACAAAGUAAGUGAUCAGCAGAGUAGACCAAAGAGUGACCAAAGGAAGAAACAACAGAGUGACCAAAAGAAGUCACAUAAUGAUCUGAAAAAGAACAAACCUCAAGUUUCAGAACUAGAUGUAACGCAAGUGGUUGUUACUGAAGUUUUUGAAAUUGAAAAUGAAAAGCCUGCUUUACUGAAAGGGUCAGAAAUGGUAAAAAUUAAAACAAUACCCUUAGGAACAACAGAUGAAUUACAGGAUAAGAACAUCAAUAAUAGUAUUAAUGAGACUGAUAAAUCUUUGCCCUGUACAACUAAUGUUGAUACAAUUUUCAUAAAGCCAAAUGAUGUUGGUAAAGCAGGUACUGCAGCAACCAGUAAAUCCAAAAAUGAAUCUGCUCCCACCAAGACAGAUGAGGAGAUUGAGGUGGGUAGAUCUACUCGUACAAGAACUAGGGCAAUGCAACAGAAACAAAUGGAGAAAAGUGUGAAAGACCAGGAGGACACAACAGACACGAGCGCAGCAGAAUCACAAUCGAACUUGAAUGCAACUUUCACUAAGGAGGAUGAGGGAUCAAUGGCCAGAACAACACGUACAAAGACUCGUUUAAAGAAAGAGCAAGAGAAUAAAGAAAUCGAGACAGAGACUGAAGGGGCUCGGACAAGAACAAGGACAGCUAAGCUGGCUGUAACUACUGUUUCUGCAGCCAGUGAAACAGUGCAGCCUAAUCUGGAAGACAAAUACAGAUGUGGCUUGAAAAGACCAGUUGAAGAGAGAGGGUUAUCUCCAUGUCCAAAACGAACUCGUUCCUAUCAGUUAGAAAAACCUAUAGAAGUUCCAAAUUCACCAUCAAGGAUAGAAGCUAUAAACAAAGAUGUUCUGAAGUCUCCAAGAAGGAGUCCAAAAGCAUUUAAAUUCAAUAGUGCACAGAAAAAGAUUUCUGGCUUUACAAACAGGACCCCAGGCUUUGGUAUGAACACCAGCAGACUGUUCACCUUUGUCAAGUCUACUCCACAGAGUUCUGGUCAAAUACACUCAUUCUUAAAGAGGAACUCUCCAUCACCAGUCUUGACUAUGCAGGUGAUUCAGGAACAAAAGAAAAAGAGAAUGUUGGAGAAAGAAACACGGGAUAUUGAAAGAAUGAAGAAAGCUGCAGAAAUGAAGAAGAGGAAAAUUGAGGAAAUGAAAAGAAUCAGGGAAGAAAAAGAGCGCAAGGUUGCAGAGAUGAAAGAAAGAAAGCUUCGGGAGGAGCAAGAGAUGAAAGAGAGGCUGAACAAGAAACUGGAGGAACAGUCUGCCAUGAAUGAGAAAAUGAUGGAAGCCAAAUUAAGAGAAGAAAGAGAGAAGCAAAGACUAAGACUUAAAAAACAGUUGGAAGCCGAUGCCAGAAGAAAACAAGAAGAGGAAGAAAGAUUGCGUAAACUAGCAGAACAGGAAAAAGAACGCUUGAAGCAGCAAGAAGAAGAAAAGAAAUAUUUGGCCCAGGUUGAGGCUCAGAAAUUAGAAAUGCAGAAGUUGAUCAACAAACACAAUCAUACCUUAAAAACCAAUGUAAGCAGUAGUAGCCUAGUGACUCAAACAGCUGCCCAGGAUAAAUCUCUGAACAGCUAUGACUUGACUCCAGUGAAGGAUAAACAAGUGAAUGUUGCCAAUAAAGAUCCAGAAAGCUAUGAUAUUGAAGACAUGGGGUCUGAUGAAUCAACUGAUGAUGAUGAAGCUCCAAAGAAACAGAUUCCAAAAUGGGCCACAGGUAUAGAUUUGAAUGUAGCACUAAUCAGACAACAUGCUAACCCACCAGACCUGUUUGUCUUGUUUAGACAUUGUUGUUUAGAACCACCUGACUUGGAAAAAGUUUUUAACGGGACGAAGAAACGUAGAUACAAGGAAAGGACAAGCUCUGCGAUUUGGAAUUAGUUGGGUUUUUUUUUUUUUGUAUAUAUGACUGCCAUUGACAUUUUGUUUUUUCUGUGUAUGUUUCAGAAAUUGUUAUAACUUAAAUAUUAGUUCUGUUUUGUAAAAAAAAAAAAAAAGCAUAUGAACUGGUUUAUUUAGCAGAAAGUAUUAUUGCCCACCCAUAAAAUUGACUUAUCCAUAAAUCAUUUUAAGACAAUUUAGUUUUUGCUGACAACUUUCAAUUGGUAAGAAAACAUGAUUCCGGGAAUUUUAAGAUUUGAGAAUUGGGUAACUAGGUACUUGUCAAGAAAAGUUACAACAGGAAUUUGUGAUGCCAAACUAAUACCAUCAUAUACACUUGGUAAUGUGAAUGUAUAUAGGCUAUUACAAUUUUAUUAACUCCCCCUGUCGUAAGUUUGGCCAUGCUCAGUCGUAAAGUGACUAUGUCUCAUAUCACAGGAUGAGAUAAGAGCCUCUGCAUUUUCUUUGGUCAGAAUAUUGACGUCCUCGCGCCAGUUCCCCCCUUUCGAAGCAGCUAAUGGGACAUCAAUAAACCAAUACUGUUUAUUAUCAGCAGCCUCUUAGAAUCUUCCAGUGUGUAGUAUUGUGUGCUACAAAUUCCCUAUGGGUCACUGGCUCCUGGUUUGGAUUCAGAAUUUUUUUUUGCGUAGGUGGGUGGCCAACCAAGGCUAAUGAGUCCCACCUGCCCUGUACAUCAUAGUUAAUAAUAAACAAUAAAAGGUAACUUUGCUUAUCAGUUUAUGUUUUAACUGACAAAUAAUAAUUUUAAAUACUCUUAGUUACUACAGCACCUAUUAGGAAGACUAGGAUCCUGUUAAAGGAGGUGGAAUGUAGCUUUGAGUUUAUCCUGCUCUAUCUUUCAUGUGUAAUGUAUAAGUAUAAUGUACAUAAUGAUAUAAUCUAAUCAUGUAAACAAUAUAUCUAACUAAGGAUUGAAAAUGUAAUGAUUCUCAUAGAAUACUGUAAAUACAUUGUUUUUAAAAAGCUUUUCAAGUGUGGAUGAAACAAGAAACAUUGAUGAACAGAGUUGUCUUUUUACAGGUUAUUAAUUGCAUGGAAUCAAGACUUCAAAAAACUCAAAGCCUUUUUUCUUUAUUCCAUUUAAUUCUGUUCUAAAAUGUUUUGUAACAUCUUUAUGACAUAAGUAUUGAUUAUAAUCAGGCUGGCUGCAUGGUUGUGUGGUAUGCACUCUGUACUGUUAUCUCAAUGGUCCUGGGUUCAAACCUUGCCCACUAUCACCCCUGCUGUCCUGCAGGAGGAUUGGACUAGGAUGUAAUAAUCUUCGAUUCUGAAAGAACAUCCAAAAAAUAAAACAACAUAAAAAAACAAUAACACUAUGAAACAAGCAAAACAAAGACUUGUUAGGUAGGGUAAAAAUAAUGUCCAAGUCUAAAAAUUGUCUAUCAAUUCAUUAGUAAAAUAGUGUCACUGAAGUGUUUUAGUUCUUAAAGGUAACCUGCUUGUUAUAAUGAUGUGAUGAUAGUUUGGCUGCUUUACAUUGAUUUAGAAUGUAUUUUAAGAUCUCAUGGUGUGUGCAAGAGUUUUAGUAGCUGUUAAUAAAAUUUGUAUAAACAUUAAAA